AUGGUGAAGAGAGUAAUUCUGCUGGAGGUCCAUUGGUUUGAAAAUAUUAUGCUCAUAGGCAAAUCAUAACAACAGGAAUCCCUUAUUUAAGAUAGAUGCUAGAUCAGGCUAAAGUGUAACCUACCUAGUUCCUAGAUUAAUAGCUGACAAAGACCUAUGUUAUGGGUCGAAACCUUGUCCAUCUAAUAACUGUGGAAGUUCUGUAUCGAACAGUGUGCCAAUACGUUUUGCUUUCCUCUCUCAGGAUGGAAGGCUGACAGUGACCCAGGUGACCUCUGUUCGUGGAGCUCUCCCCAUCCUGCACUUUCACUACCAGCUGAGCGAGCACCGCAAUGCAUGCUGGGAGACUGUGUUCACCUCAGACAGCCUCUUCCUGGAGAUCCCAGAGGGGUCACUCCCUGAGGGCAGCAAAGAGGGGUGAGGAGGAACUGCCGUCUAUCCUCGCUGGCUUUAUAAUCAUGCAUACAUACACCUGUUAUAACCAUGCAUUAUGCCAUCGGGAAGGCUGGAAUUAAGUCUAAAAAAUAAAUUUUUAAGAUUGCCAGUGAAGGGAAAUAUAUAUAUAUAUAUAUAAAAAAUCAUUUCAAACAACAACAAAUUCUUAUUUACAAUGACGGCCUACGAAGAGACAGAAGGCCUCCUGCAGGGACUGGGGCUGGGAUUAAAAAUAAAAAUGUAGGACAAAACACACAUCAUGACAAGAGAGACACCACAACACUACAUAAAGAGAGACCUAAGACAACAACACAGCAUGGCAGCAACACAUGACAACACAGCAUGGUAGCAACACAACAUGACAACACAGCAUGACAGCAACACAUGACAACACAGCAUGGUAGCAACACAACAUGACAACAACAUGGUAGCAACACAACGUGACAACAACACGGUAGCAACACAACAUGACAACAACAUGGUAGCAACACAACAUGACAACAACAUGGUAGCAGCACAAACAUGGUACAAACAUUGUUGGGCAUAGACAACAGCACAAAGGGCAAAAAGGUAGACAGCAAUACAUCACGUGAAGCAGCCACAAGUGCCUGUAAGAGUGUCCAUGAUUGAGUCUUUGAAUGUAGCGAUGGAGAUAAAACUGUCCAGUUUGAGAGUUUUUUGCAGCUCGUUCCAGUCGCUAGCUGCAGCGAACUGAAAAGAGGAGCGACCCAGAGAUGUGUGUUGCUUUGGGGACCUUUAACAGAAUGUGACUGGCAGAAUGGGUGUUGUAUGUGGAGGAUGAGGGUUGCAGUAGGUAUCUCAGAUAGGGGGGGAGUGAGGCCUAAGAGGGUUUUAUAAAUAAGCGUCGGGUAUACAGAGAUGACCAGUUUACAGAGGAGUGUAGAGUGCAGUGAUGUGUCCUAUAAGGAGCAUUGGUGCCAAAUCUGAUGGCCGAAUGGUAAAGAACAUCUAGCCCAGGGUUCUUCAAUUCCGGUCCUGGAGGGCCGAAACACCUCUGUUUUUCAUCCUCUCCUUCUAAUCAGGGGCUAAUUCAGACAUGGGACACCAGGUGAGUGCAAUUAACUACCAGGUAGAAAUAAAAAACAGAAGUGUUUCGGCCCUCCAGGACCGGAAUUGAAGAACCCUGAUCUAGCCGCUCGAGAGCACCCUUACUGCUGAUCUAUAAAUCUCCAUAAUCUAGCAUGGGUAGGAUGGUCAUCUGAAUCAGUUUUAGUUUGGCAGCUGGGGUGAAAGAGGAGCGAUUACGAUAGAGGAAAGCAAAUCUAGAUUUAACAUUAUCUUGGAUAUGCACUGUACUGGGUGGAGCUCCAGAGGACUACUUUGGGAGAAUCCUGCAUAUUACAGUGUGCAUGAAUAUGUAAGGGAAUACAAAGGAGCAACACUUACAUUAUUUGAGAUACACCCCUCUCUUCUUUCCUCUCUUCUCUUUUAUCAGACUCACCAGUCUCCUCAUGUUUUCCGAAGAAAAGUUAGGAGUCAGCCAUGUGUUUCUGUGGUUCUCCAAAAGCAGAGGGGAUCAAGGUAUGUCUAAGUCUAGACGUGUUCUUUCAUGCGCUUUAUAUUAGACAAAUUAUUAAAUUAGUUGAAUUAUUUGUUUAUUGAUCAAAUUAAUGUCACUUUAGUAACCUCUAACCGUACUGGUGUUAAAAAACAUCAGGAAUAAUGCAAAGUGCACACUAAAAUUGAAAAAGGGAAACAUAAUUUAGAUACUGUCUGAACAGUCACGUUAACAAUCCUACGUUUUCUACAUCUUUCCAGCGCUCCUUACCAGGACUUUCCACUACAUAGGCUUUGAGAUUAUGAAACCAGGCCACCCUCUGAUACCGCCCCGAGCAGAUCUUGUGUUUUUGGGCUACUCCAUGAGUCCAACAUGUCCGGAGUCAGAAGAAGAUUAAUGCCCUCCUGAUCAACCCAAACAUCACUAAUCUAUUGCUCUGGCCCAAUAGUCUCUUUUCCAUGCCCACCUGACCUUUGUUGUUUUUUUUCUAUGGUGGGGAUAGGAAACAAGGAAAGGAAGCUAUUUAAGCAUAUUGGGACAAGACCCAUCUCUCUCUUCCCAUAUGUAGUGCUGUAGUCGUGACGGAGAGCAAGCCCUUCAUUCUGUAGACCUCUUUGGUGAUUGAACCUUCAAGGCUUGAACUAAAAAGAUUGAUCCUGUUAGGUGGCUGCGUUCUUGACCUCUUGCAUGUUGUGUCGCCAGUUGCCACAGCUUCUACUGCAAGUGGGACACUCAGUGCUAAAAAUACUAACUUAUUAUUUUAAACUCCACAGUGCAGCUAAAGGUGAGGGACUCUAAUAAAACUACAGUGUACCGGAAGAGGGGGCUAAGGGCAAUAUGGCACAUAACAUUGGAAUCUAGAUGUCUGGAUAAUGAAAUCAUGGGUAUGCGUUCAGGACUCAGUAACCCUGGUAGAUCUUUUUGUUUUACUGAAACGCUGCAACAAAUGUAUUUUACAAUGCAAAUGUCUCCGUUGUCUUGAAUUGAGUGAAUGAUCUAUGUAAACUCCCAUUAUUGACAUGCAGACUUCAAAGACUCGUUAAGUCAGUGACAAUACAUCGCUUAACUGUAAUGUUGCUCACACUUAAGAGGUUUAUCUUAGGUCAGGGGAGCACUAAAUACAUACAUACUGUGUGCUAGACUCACGUGACAUUCUUCUUGUGCAUUCAGUUGAGAAGAUUAGGCUGCAUGUGUGAAAGCAAGCGCCUACAUUCCCCUGUAGCUGAUCCAACAUACUAUACACACAUCCCCUUCCUACUUUCUAAACUAUUGUGUUCUAGAAUUUCUAUAUACACACACAUUUCAGAUUUCCAUUUUCAUGUAAUGACACUACAGAUGGAAUAAAAGUCCUGUUAUACCUCUGUUCUUGUCGGUAUUGUGUUUUGGCACCAGUUAACAGCCCAUGUGUAAUGAUGUGAAUCAAAUUAUAUUGCAUACAAGUAUAUUGGUUCUUCUUAAGAGAAACAAGGAGAUACUAGCUGAACUUAAU